AUGCGUGCUGGUCAAAGGAGGAGGUUGGCACAGACAAGGCGAGACGUCACCACCCUGCAGACAAAGUCGGCUGAUGACGGCGAACCGAGAAAAUUUCAGCCGCCACCACCGGAUCCAGUUGGCGCUUUGAUUGGCCAAUGGCCACGACGCCAAGUUCACGCGGGCAAGGGCCGCCUGGUGGGCCAGCUCUGCCAGGUUUCCAAGGUCGAGGGGCAAUGA